CCUAUUAUCCACAAACGCCAACCAGAGCAGAACAGAACAGUACCCCCAACUCAACCACGACUAGCUACGAGAUCGAGAUGAUGUCUGCGUUUUUCAUCUCACUCCUUCACAUCUCCUUCUUCCUCCUCUUCCAAAAGACCGCCAUCACUGCUGCUGCAGCAGCAGCCACCCAAUUGAGGCCUGGUUUUUACGCUGAGACGUGCCCGGCAGCCGAAUCGAUAGUAAGGGAUGUAAUGGCGAAAACCAUGAAGAGAGAAAUCAGAAAUGCUGCCUCGGUCAUGCGCUUGCAGUUCCAUGACUGCUUUGUUAAUGGCUGCGAUGCGUCUCUCUUACUGGAUGACACACCCGAUAUGCUUGGCGAGAAACUCUCUCUUUCUAAUAUAAACUCGCUGAGAUCCUACGAAGUCAUCGAUGGGGCCAAGGCAGCCUUAGAGCAGGCCUGUCCGGGCGUCGUUUCUUGCGCAGAUAUCAUAAUCAUGGCUGCAAGAGAUGCCGUUGUAUUGAGUGGAGGACCCAAUUGGGAAGUCAAGCUGGGAAGACUAGAUAGCCUAACGGCCAGCCAGGAAGACGCUAACAGGAUCAUGCCGAGCCCGAGAUCAAACGCUAGUUACCUCAUCGAUCUGUUCAGCCAGUUUAAUCUCUCUGUACAGGACCUGGUAGCCCUGUCGGGGUCUCACUCCAUCGGCAACGGACGAUGCUUCUCUAUCGUGUUUCGCCUGUACAACCAGUCGGGAACGGGCAGGCCUGACCCGGCCAUGGACCCUGAAUACAGAGAGAAGCUGGACCGGCUCUGUCCACUGGGGGGAGACGGCAACGUGACAGGAGACCUUGACGCAACUCCCUACGUAUUUGAUAACCAGUACUUCAAGGAUUUAGUCUCCUUGAGAGGCUUUCUAAAUUCCGAUCAGACACUUUUCUCGUUGGAUGCUCGAACUCGAGAAUAUGUCCAACAUUUUAGCCGGGACCAAGAGGUGUUCUUCGCGGCCUUCGUGGAGGGGAUGAUAAAGAUGGGUGACCUACAGUCGGGCCGACCGGGGGAGGUCCGGAAGAACUGCCGGAAGGUCAACAGCCCGCCUCUUCAUGCCUUGCUUAAGUGACUCUUGAUCGAGAUAGGAGGUGGGAGGAAUGGGAAAGUAAGUUAUUAAAGGAGAUUGCGUAUACCCAAAGUCAGUAAAUUAAGGACGGAAAUGUAUUGUUUUUGUAAGCUAUUGCCUAAAUAUUAUUAAAGAAAUCGAAGGAAUUUGGCGUGGUAAAAAACACUAAAAAGGGCAGACAAUGAGU